AUGGGAAAGCCACUGUCACACUCUACGGUAGAUGGGGGUUUCAUCCUCUCGCCUCCUGCUUUAGAAAACCCAGGAACGAACGAUCGAGUCUUCCAGCGCAUACUUCAAUGGCAUCUCUCCAAAGAGGUUCUCGCACGGAUCGCCCCAGAACUGAAAUCCUUCGGCUCCGUUGCAAUUUCGGACGAAACCAAUGCUCUGAUCGGAAAUGCAGAAUCCCAGCCACCAUAUGUCAAGUCCUACAAUGUAUGGGGCUCUCGGUAUGAAGCAGAAGGCCUGGUUACCGGUAAGGGCUGGAAGGAACUGGGAAAAUGGGGCAUUAAGCAUGGUGUGGUGGGACUUGGCUAUGAGGAUACGUUUGGUUCAUACCGUCGAACCGUUCAGCACGCGUUCAACUAUUUGUUCUCCGCUUCAUCCGCUGCCUACUCCUGUCCAGUCUCAAUGACAUCAGGCGCUGCGCGUUUAGUCCGAAGCCAACUCCCUGGACUCCCAACUGACCACCCAUUUCAUGAGCUUUAUGCUCGUCUUAUUGCUCGGGAAAAUAACUGGAUCUCUGCACAAUGGAUGACCGAGCGACCAGGAGGCAGUGAUGUUCGCAACAGCGAGACUGUUGCCACGUACUCGCCAUUGUCUUCCAAGACCGGUCGCUUCGGCAACAUGGAAGAAGGCGACUAUCUACUUUCAGGCUUCAAAUUCUUCUGCAGCGCAACCGACUGCGACACGGUAUUGCUACUAGCAAAGACUGAGUCAGGAGAGCUCUCACUAUUCGUGGCACCGACUACUAAAUCCGCCAGGGAUCCAGCUACCGGAAAAACAAAAAAGAUAUCCAACGGUAUUCGCAUCCAUCGUCUCAAAACCAAAAUGGGCACGAAAGAACUGCCAACAGCAGAGGUCGAGCUUCGCGACGUACGGGCACACCUUAUAGGUCCCAAAGAUCGCGGUAUCGCGACAAUUGCGUUAUUGUUGAACGUCACUCGCACCCACAACUUCAUCACGGCGUUAUCGUGUCUUCGUCGUGCUAUGGAUAUCGCAAAGGCCUUUGCCAAAUCUCGGACCACGAUUGACCAGUCGCUCUGGACCUUCCCCAUGCACUUGAAUGUGUUGGCGCAACUCGAAGUCAAGCACCGUGGUUGGAUGCAGCUUGCCUUUUUCACUUCCUCGCUGUUGGGUUAUGUGGACAAUGGAUUCCCAGAGAAUGCGCCUGAGGUAUUUUCGGUUCUUGCAAAUAAUUCCAGGACUGCGAAUGUCGUUUUGCGCGCAUUUACUUCGACGUCUAAGGCUGUUAUAUGCAAGUCGGCUACACUGGCUUUCCAGGAGUGCCAGGAAGCAAUGGGGGGCGUGGGCUACAUCGACGAGCCCGAUGAACCUGAAUUCAACGUGAGCCGCCUAUGGCGAGACACCGCGAGCAAUAGCGUCUGGGAGGGCACUACCAAUGUUCUCGCCAGCGAAACAGUGCGCCAUCUGACCAAGGGACAGAACCUAGACCUCUUCGAUGAAUGGAUCAACAAUGCCAUCGGUCAGGUAUCCAACAGUGCCUACCGAGCCACCUUGCAAAAUGUAUGGCGUCAACUCAAAGAUCGCCUGGAAUCUGGUCGCGACGAGCGCGCACUGUCUCAUGUCCUAGGGGUCGCCCGUCAAAUUAUUUUUACACUUUCUUGGUUGGUGUGUGGAACUCUUCUCUCUCUGGAUUCCCAGCGAGACAAUGAUAGGGUUGCUCUCGAGGUUGCCAGGAGGUGGGUAUUGGAAGGCGAGGGAGUGCCGGGGGAAUUUGCUUUCACCGAACUCAUCUUCCAAAGAUCGGCUACGGCUCAAGAUGAAAAGCCAACCGGCCGUGCGCGUACUGAGCUGGAUUGCCGUAUAGUUUGGAACGUGGAUCUCCCGUCGGAUGCUUCUUUGGGAUACCGGGCAGCCAAGAUUUAA